UAUGAGUAUUUUUACCUAAACAUUAAUGCAAUGAAGCUAACAAGACAUGAAAGUUAUACAGCUGUGAACAUCGAUAGCGCGAAAACAUCAAGAUUAACCAGACAAACUGUUACUAAAAAGAGCACAAUCUACAUUCCAAUUGGAUAUGCAGAUCUAUACAUUGUAUAAUCAUCUUUGUAAAAAAUGCUGCCACUUCAAGCUAUGGCAUUACCAAACUGCAUUUUUGAAUUUAGGUUAAGAUGGAAGCAUAUUGUUUUUGUAUAUUACUGUAUAUACAUGUAUAUAUAUAUAUAUAUAUAUUUUUUUAAUAUUUGUAGAAAAUAUAGAAUUAAAUUUAUAAGUCCAAAUUUGUAAGACAAACUUAGGUAAUAUAUAUAUAUAUAUAUAUUACAUUCAUAACCUGUACAAAUUUAUUCCUUACUCAAAUUAUAUUUCUGCAUAAUUAAUGUGUGUUUUGUUAGAGUACCUUUACUUAAUCUACCUGUUUUAUUACACUUGUCCCACCAUUUAGUAGAGUUACGGUGAACAGAUAAUAUAAGGGUGUGAUAAAUAGUUGUCAUCUAACCUCACUUCGUUUUCUAUCAAUAUCAUAACUUUAUAUUGUAGUGUGUAAGAGGAAUUUCGUAAUCAAUGUAUCAGAGUUCACCUUUUUCUAACUAAAAUACACGAAGAAACGGAUUUUCACUACUUCAACUUGGUGUAAUACAAAUUUGAAAAGUUCACUUCAUUCCUAAAUUUCUUCUCGAUAAACAUUAUCUCUGCCUUAACUGUAAACAACUCGCAUAAGGUUUUGAACUCUAAUUUCUAAUCAGAAUUCUAUGAGUAAACAGUGUGAUUAAUUACAUGAAGAUCGUGAAACGUAUUGUUGUGAAUGUGCGCGAGUUUCAUCGAGGUUAUUUGAUAGUUGAAAAUCGGUAAACGAUGUGGCGAAAGAAUAGUUUGUUAACUAGGCACUUGCGCUUAAUUGCAAAAACAUUCCACGAUGAAGCGAACAUUAUCGGCAGCAGGCAAGACGUUAACUCGUCAGAUUAUCAGAUUUCUUUUUUAGGAGAAUUACUUUCAAAUGGAAGAUAUAGUGCGCAAAUUGAAGAAGACUGUCGAAAAAAUCGCGGAUGGUGGAGGAGAGAAAGCGAGACAGAAGCACACGAGCAAAGGCAAACUCUUGCCACGAGAGCGAAUUAACACGCUUCUCGAUCGAACUUCCCCGUUUCUUGAAUUUUCACAAUUGGCUGGUUAUCAAUUGUACGGGAAAGAGGAAGUACCAGCUGGUGGCGUUAUAACUGGCAUAGGGAGAGUGGAAGGGACCGAGUGUGUGUUAAUCGUGAACGAUGCGACCGUGAAGGGUGGCUCUUACUACCCCAUCUCGGUAAAGAAGCAUUUAAGGGCCCAGGAAAUCGCGGAGGAGAAUAAUUUGCCCUGCAUAUAUUUAGUAGACAGUGGCGGGGCGAAUUUGACCAGACAAGAUGACGUGUUCGCGGAUAAAAUGCAUUUCGGCAGAUGCUUUUACAACCAAGCAAACAUGAGCGCAAAGGGGAUCGAGCAGAUCGCGGUAGUUAUGGGGAGCUGCACUGCAGGAGGCGCGUAUGUACCGUCUAUGGCUGACGAGAACAUCAUAGUUGGUAAACAAGGUACGAUUUUCUUGGCUGGACCACCUUUGGUAAAGGCUUCCACUGGUGAGGACGUUUCCGCGGAGGAUUUAGGCGGCGCAGCGCUUCAUUGUCGGACAUCAGGUGUGACCGAUCAUUACGCCAUAGAUGACAGCCACGCUCUGUACCUAGCUCGUCAAAUUGUUAAAGACUUGAAUAGACAGCGACCAAUGCAUGUGAACGUUACAAAAAAAGUGGAACCACCCGUGCACGCGAUCGAUGAGAUUUAUGGUAUCGUUGGUGUGAACUUGAAACGACCUUACGACGUCAGGGAAGUGAUCGCGAGGAUCGUGGAUGGUUCAAAGUUUCGCGAAUUCAAGGCACAGUACGGCGAGACACUGGUCACGGGAUUUGCGAGAAUAUACGGUUAUCCCGUAGGAAUACUCGCAAACAAUGGCGUGCUUUUCUCAGAGGGUGCCUUAAAAGGUGCGCAUUUUGUACAACUCUGCGCGCAGAGGAAGAUACCUCUCAUCUUCUUGCAGAAUAUUACAGGAUUUAUGGUGGGCAAGGAUGCAGAGACUGGUGGCAUUGCCAAAAACGGAGCGAAAAUGGUGACCGCUGUAGCCUGUGCCCGAGUACCAAAAAUUACGGUGUUGAUUGGAGGAUCGUAUGGGGCAGGGAAUUUCGGCAUGUGCGGCCGAUCUUAUUCCCCGAGAUUCCUUUAUUCCUGGCCGAAUGCCAGGAUAUCUGUGAUGGGAGGUGAACAGGCUGCUGGAGUGUUGGUUCAAAUCACCAGGGAACAACGUCAGCGAGAAGGGAAAGAGUGGACUAAGGAAGAGGAGGAGGCUCUGAAGAGACCGAUCAUAGAAAAGUUCGAGAGGGAGAGUAGCCCGUACUACUCCAGUGCUAGACUUUGGGAUGAUGGCGUUAUUGAUCCCGUGGACACCAGGUUGGUGCUUGGCCUCAGUUUAUCCGCAGCGCUUAACGCACCCAUUCCAGAAACUAAAUUUGGAAUUUUCCGCAUGUAACAUAAAUUAGUGGUGAAGUGACAAAACGAUAAAUACUUACAUACCUUUUCAACUCUGACAAUUUUAAAAUUGUAGAAAUUAGUUUUUUAGAGGUUUGUUAAGGUUUGUCUGGUUUUAGACAAUAAUAACAAAUAUUAGGUCCUUAAAGAAACAGUGACUUUAUAGUCUCCAUGAUUCCGUCAUGUGAGAUAAAGAGUGCAUAACUUUAAUUAUAUAUUAUUAAAUACAUGUUUAUAUUAAUACCACAAAAACAAAAAAUUUUUAAUAAAUAGAAAUGAUAAAUUCGCCCAAAGUUGAGAAGGUAUGUAACCCUUAAAUAAAUGCAAAGAUGACCCGUUCUUUUUUCAAGUAAUAUAAGUGCCAUCAUUUGCAAUCACUUUACAUUUUCAUUGAUAAUUUUACGUUGAGUGGGAACAAAGAAUUGCGCAAUUUACAUUGCGCUAUAAAAAGAUCGAAAAACAUUGGUGUAACCCCAAUCUCGUAAUCGUUACUCUGUAUCUGAUAUUACUCGAAGCCAAAGGUAUAUUAAUAUAUUUUUAUACGGAAUUGUCCUGUAUACAUGAGUGUUAAACAUUCCAAGUACAUAUGAAUUUUUUUAAUGUC